AUGUAUCCAUCACAAGAAAAUGGCUACAUGCACAGAGCAACAAACAACGAUGUGAACAAUCCAACCAGCCGUGAUGGCGUCGUAUGUCGCCUUCCGUACGAGCGGUGUACUUGGUCCAUCAGGUUGGUAGAAGAGCAGGGGAGCCGACGAUUUUAUCCACGAGCUGAUACAACGUUGGUGAUGAUGCCGACCUGUUGUUGCUGUUCGCUGACAGUCGGAUUCGCCAUGCUCGUCUUCACGUCGAGCUCUGUGAUCGCGACGUCCAUGUGCUUCACGGUAAAUCGCCUGAAGUUUUCAAAGAUCUUCGCGCCCGCUACGGUAUCGUUGUUGCUGUAG